UCCUGUGCUGGCCUACCAUCUGGAGAUUCAGUGUGUCACCAAAUGCUGAAGAUUGCCCGAAUAAUAAUAAUGACAUACUGGAGCGCUUCUCUGCAUUUUCUGUGUUCUCGUCAGUAAUGAUGGUGUGGUUGUGUGGUCUCCUCUCAGUGUCAUUUCUGCCCCGUACCUCUUCAUUAAAGCCAUUGUGUCACUGCCAAGUAUGUCAUUUCAGAAAUGGGCCUCAUGCCCCUGGUAGCCUGUCUAGGAAAAUAAGGUCAUAUGAGUUGUUAACCUUGAAUAAAGACCACCCUCCUUAUCGUUCUUAAAAGACAGUCUCAGAGUCUCUCACGGAGACUCUCAUGCACACAGUCAACAAGCAGGCUUAACAAAGGAAAGAAGAAAAGUGCAGGGGUUUAAAAGUAAAUUGUCUGGCGAAAGGUUUUCCUGCUUGGCUUAAGUUCAUCAUGGCUGCAGCAAGCCUUGCUAGGCGGGAGACUAUGCUUGACGUUGUGUAUGAAGACUACACUGCCUAUGGCCACUUGACUGAUGAUGAGCUACUGCAGAUGGCCAUUGAACGCAGUCUGUCCGAAGACCAACAAGGCCCCUCGGAAUACGCUCAAGCAUGUUUCAUACCAGCAUCCGAGCCACCCAGAGAGGAAGACAUACCCACAGAAGCCAGGCAGGUGUAUGCAGCCAGACAGAAUGCUGCUCUGCAAAGACAGAGAGCUGCAGCCGCUGAGAACCCAGAAGUCAAUCCUUCCAGGGUAGGUAAUACAUUUGAUGAAGAGAGGGUGAGGCUGCUGGAAUGGAAGAAACGAUAUGGAAAUGAAGGCCUCGUGGAAAAAACAGCUACUCAUGCACCCUCCAUUAAGUCAGCUAUCUGGAAUGAUGAUGCCAAAACAUUCAAACAAAUUUUAAUGACAGAACCUGCUGAGAGUCUGAACAAACCAAACGAAGAGGGCUGGAUUCAUUUACAUGAUGCUGCAUACUACAAUGCAGCAGAAUGUUUAAAGUUGCUUUUACAAGCCUUUCCUGAUCUAGUCAACAAACGCAAUGACGAGAACCAAACACCUCUUCUUGUGGCUGUUGGUCGUAAGAACUUGGCCUGUGUCCAGGUUCUUAUUAACGCUGGUGGAGACCCUAACAUAGCCACCAGAACAGGAGAGACAGCCGUCUACAAAGCUUGUGAGAUGGGCACUGAGGAGAUACUUGAUGCUCUUCUAAAAGCUGGCGGGAACCCCUGCAGGGCAAACAUUGAGAGAAACACACCUUUACAUGAGGCAGUGGGGACCAAAAAUGUCAAUAUGGUAAAAAUGCUAGUGGAGGCUGGAGCAAAGACGUGGACUACGGAUAGCUACGGCGUUGAGCCACUGUUCACAGCAUCUCAGUGUGGAGCCGCAGACGUGCUGAACUACUUCAUCAAACUAGGUGGAAAUAUUAACACGCAGGCUAACGAUGGGGCAACAGCUUUGUAUGAAGCGUCUAAAAAUGGCCACGAGGAGUGUGUAAAGAUACUGCUGUCCAAGAGAGCAGACGUAAACCGAACAACCAAAUUAGGCUUAACUCCUCUACAUGUUGCUUCAAAGAAUGGACAUGUGAAUGUGGUGUUGCUACUGCUUCCUCUGACCAGCAAAGGAAAAAUAAGGCGCAGUGGCAUCAGUCCACUGCAUCUCGCAGCCGAGAUCAACCAAGACGAGGUCCUGGAGAUUCUCAUCCAAGAAGGCUUGGACGUCAACAUGCAGCUAUCGACCGAAUAUUCAAAGAUGUACGAGGACCGCCCCAGCACGGCACUGUACUUCGCAGUGAAGGCAAGCAACGUUGAGGGGGCCUCUAUGCUGCUUGAGGCCGGCGCAAACCCUAACCUGGACGUCUUCAACCCUCUCUUGGUCGCCGUGAGAAAAGACAACAUGGAGAUGGCGUCUCUGCUGGUCGAGUAUGGUGCCAACGUGAACGCUUCCAUGCCAACACAUCCAACCACCUUCCCAGCUGCUAUGCUCUUCUGCAUGAAGCACAGAAACAUGUUUAAGAUGCUGCUUGACAACGGGCUGGAUGCUGACGCCUGCUUCGACUGUGUCUAUGGGAACAACACGCAUCCUCCAGUCAAGAUACACCGCUCCUCUAGGGACAAUCUGUACCUGCAUGGGCUGAUGGCCCCUCAUACGUCAACUGCACAGUUUUGUGAAGUGAUGGCGGAUCCUCUCCACUCACCUUGGGUGGGAAUGAUACUCGAUAUGCUCUUAGAUUACACUGGCCACGUGAAACUCUGUUCAAGACUCUCAAACCUCCUGGACAACAUCAGCAAUGGCCGGUACAUCAAGGAUAAAGCAAAACCACCAUUCCCUCUUCUACACUUGUGCCGUGUGAAUAUCCGCAAGCAAGUGGGACAUCAGCGAAUGAAACAAAUGACUUCUCUGCCUCUGCCCAAACUUCUCAUCAGAUUCCUCUUUUACGACAACUCUGAGUCGGAGAACUUGUUGUCGCAAUGUGGCUGUUUAUGAGCAUUUUCAACAGGGCAGUGCAGCAGCUUACUGUGGUUUGACUGUGUCAGUCAACGUACUAUGUUAAAGGAUCAUUCCUGCCAAAUUCAACAUGCAGUUGUAUUGCUCACUCUCCCCUUGAUAUGUCAUGUCAGUAUCCAGUGAUCCGAUUACAAGAUCUGAGCAUUUCUAGUUUCAACAUACUCCAGAUACCAUCCCAACAGUUAUUAUUAUGUUGUUAGGUGUCUGGGCAUGUUCCAUGGCUAUUGGGAUGGUAUCUGGAGUAUGUUAACACACUUUAAAAAAUGUAAACAAAACCAUGGCAACAUUAGAAUGGCCAGGAUGUCGGGAAAGGAUGAACAAAAAAUGCCACAUCGUUGGGUGGACAGGUCAAGCGUAGUAGUAAUUGGCAGGGAUUCUCCUUUUAAAAGCUUGAUUUCACAAAGCUGCUUUAAUAAUUUGCAUAUUUGUCUGGUUUGAAGGGGGGUAUGACAAUAAUUACAAUAAUUACAAGAAUGGCUUGAUGUCAAACUCUUCGUUAAGACCAUUUGGAGACAUUGUGUUCAGAUAGUGGAUCCAAAAAGUCUCACGUUGGAGUAAUCUUUUUCCUCUGUCACCGCCUCUAGGUGACUUAUCCACACGUUCCACGCCUAUAUAUCUGAGCGCACUUACGUUGUGACCGGCACUUUUGAAGUUGCACUUUUCACUUGGAUUUACUCUCAUUGUCCUGCACCUGGCCCAUCGGGUGGGAUGUGCACACAUCUACUCCUCUAAACUUAAACACUAAAAACCUACCAAGAACCCUCCACAAAUUUGAUCACAGGAGUACACAGGUCUACUGGUUAUUUAAUAUUAAAUGUGUUGGAAGGAAAUUGUGUUUCUU